AUGCGCGACAUGAUCGCGCUCGCAGGUGCACUGGAUGAGCCUGGGAGCCCGGUGAGCUACGCAGGCGUUUCAUACAAGACCUUUCUGGACGCGUGGUUCGUGAAUACGUUCCUAACGUAUGUGGAAGCGCGUGUGGAGUCGCGUCGACCUCACAAGACUGGCCGCAUCUGCGCAUCCAGCGUAUCUGAGACCGGGUCCUACUUGACGAUGUCCUCAGCCCGCAGCUCGUGGCUACUCAAGAGUCGCACAAGAUCUGGCCGCAGCUGCAUUCGCACACUGACAAGGCAUACGACGCGUUCGUCGCAGGAUGCGACCAUCAAGAUGCUCCUCAAACAGGCACACGAUGCUGCGCGCAAGAAUGUGUUCGUUCCGGUGACGUCCGCAGACAUCCGUAGCGCAUUGCUGUCGGCAAUGUAUCUCCCGGUUACUUGGGCGAACCUCGCGAACACGACCUUCCCGGAGCCUUACACUGCUCGUCCGUUGGAAGGGCGGCAAGUGGAGGGAUAA